AGGAGAGGAGAUGGAAGUGAAGAAGAGGGCGGCCGCCAUUGCCACCCUGUGCAUCAUGCUCCUGAUCAUGUCAGUGCCAUCCAAGCAGCAGGUGGCCGCCAUGUCCUUCUGUUACCAGCAGUGCCAUGAUGGGUGCAGGCACAGCCUCCCUUGGUGGCUCUGCAAUGUCGACUGCGCCGGCAACUAUGACAGCGUCAACAAGGACGCCCUCGCUGCAUGCAUCAUGGUCUGCAGCACGGACUCCGUCUGCGACCAGUCGGUGGGGCCGACCUAUGCAUAA